GCACAAUGUUCUUAACGAUGGUUCUGCUCCGGAAGAGGAUUCCUGGAAAGCAGUGGAUUGGAAAAUACAGGCGGCCCAGAAUCGUUACCACUGGCAUGAAGCAGGCGAUGAUCCGAAGGCUGGAGAUUGAAGCAGAGAACGAAUAUUGGCUGAGCCGGCCGUACCUGACACGGGAGGAGGAAUACGGUCACAACAGGGAAGUGAGACGGGCCAGGUGGGAGGCCUUUAAAGCCCUGAAGACGUCCAAGUUCCCUGAGCACAGAUAUAUGAGUGACCACUUGAACCACUUAAAUGUCUCAAAGAAAUGGACCUCUUGAGCACGGACACGUUGGUACUUGUGCUGCUGCGAGCUGCGAUCUUGUACCUGUUGUGGCAGCUUUGCAACGCAGUGUAACAGAGGUGGAUGAGAAAUGAGGCUGCUGUGGUGUACAAAAUGUUACAUUAAAGGUAAUCCUACAGAACAGUG